AUACUAAAUCAAGAAGUUGUUGAGUUUUUUUUGGUGAUUUGGAAGAGAACCGGUUGGCAAUUUCGGGGCUCUAUAACCAAGGAAAACAAAUUCGUGAAAACUCCUUCUGACACGUAAUCGUUAGGCCUUCAAACCAAUGUUUGGAUAAGUUUCGUGAGGGCACAGUCUGUUUAUGUCAUCAUUUGAUAAGUGAUUCUGCUCCUCCUCACACAUUUGUAGUAGAAAAAUCACAAAGUCCUGUCAAAGACCCCACCAGUUUUAUCAAUAGAUAUCAUCAUCAAAACCUAUCAUGAGGAAAGCAAGACGAGCAGCUGAAAUGCAGGAUCAAGGAGCUGCAAUGCCCUACCCACAGUAUGGUUAUCCACCACCUAAUGCCCAAUCUCAUCAAGAUCCAUCCAUGUACAUGGCUGGUCCUCCCGCUGGCAUGUACAAUCCUGCUGCCCAGGCUCCAAUGUCUCCUGGCUACUACCCUCAACAAGGAAUGCCAUUUAUGCCAAUGGGUGGUGGUGGCAGCGAUCAAACCAACUUUAUGCCUGCCCAGUUUUUGCAAAACCCUGUCAUGGCCAACAUGGCAAUGCAAUAUGGCCAGAGCCUAGUGGGACAAGGCAAAGAGGCCCUAGACCGGGAGCUCAACAAAUAUGUCGCUACUUCUAGAAUAAAGUACUACUUUUCAGUGGACACGGCGUACGUCGCCAAAAAAUUGGCUCUUCUUCUCUUCCCCUUUACACACAGAGAUUGGUCUGUCAAAUAUAAUCCAGACGAACCCGUUCAGCCCAGGUAUGAAUUAAAUGCACCGGACCUCUACAUCCCUGCGAUGGCAUUCGUGACGUAUUUACUUAUCGGCGGAGUGUCACUCGGAAUUCAAGAGCGUUUCAGCCCGGAAGGAUUGGGCAUCCAAGCUAGCACAGCGCUUGUGUGGGCCUUUAUUGAAGUACUGGCAAUUUGGGUGACACUUUAUAUCAUGAAUAUCCAAACGAAAUUGACUUCUUUCGACAUUUUGGCGUUUUCGUCCUACAAAUACGUCGGAAUGAUAGUUGCAGUUAUUGCUAGCUUCAUUAUGCCGUCAGCAUACCAUCUAGCUCUAAUAUACGUAAGCGCAGCCACAAUGUUCUUCCUGAUUCGUUCUUUGAAGGUUCAAAUACUACCAGAGUCGUCCCAUGAUUCCUACGGAGAACAGAAUACUAGCUUCACCGGGGAAGGUUCUAAACGACGGACUUAUCUUUUGCUUUUCAUGGGAGGUUUGCAGCCGUUGAUGAUGUGGUGGCUGACUCGACAGAUUGCACGCCCUUAAGGUGUUUUGACAGUAGAAUCUAAGUGGAGCGCUUCCGUUUCAUCUGAUUGAACACUCUUCUCCCAGCGUAUUUUCGUUUUCAGAUGUUAUAAAAUUUUUGCCAAGACUAUAUUCUGAAUGCAAUGUGCUUUGCAAAAUUUCAAAUAAACUCAAAAGUUCAUUCUUUA